AGGAGACUGAAGGUCAGCCAGGCACCUAAUCAUCCUGCGAGCUGAGACACAGAGAAGCACACGAUGACCGGUGAACAGCGCUUUGUGAUCAGUGCCCGCAUCAUUGGAGCCGUCCGCAGGGACACACCAAAACUCAAGAUGUACAUGAUAUCUGUGUUGUGGUCUGAUGAGACUGAAGUGAUUAUCUACAGGUCCUUCCAGGAUUUCAAGAAAUUUCAUAGGCAGCUGAAAAAGAGGUUCCCUCACAUGAACCCUCUCCAGAAAAACAGCAGAGUGAUCCCCAAAUUUAGGGGAAAGGCCAGGAGGAGCAGCUUCCAGCAGAAAGGAUCCAAGCGAUCUGUCCUACGCAUGAGGUUUCUGGAGAGCUACUGUGACCAGCUGCUCAAGUGUGACCAAACUGUGACUCAAAGCUCAGAGGUCACACAGUUCUUCAUCCCCAAAGCCCACGACCUGCAGCCAGACUUCACCAAGAACAGCAUCAUGAUCCUGAUGUCUGAUGAUAUGCCUGAUGGUGGCGGAGGUACUGCUACUCGCCAGCACGGCAGCAGCAUCACCCACCCGUUUGUCACCCAGACUUACCGCUGCGUGGCUGCUUAUGAGACAAAGGACACCAAGAAUCGGCCUUUUAAGGUUGAUGUGAAUGAAAAGCUGGAUGUCCUGAUCAAAGACCCUGCAGGUUGGUGGCUGGUGGAGAAAGAGGAUAAGCGCCUGGCUUGGUUCCCUGCUCCCUAUCUGGAGUUAUGGGAAGGAGAGGAUGAUGACGACGCUGAAUUCCAGCUGGGAGGUGCCCUGUAUUGUGCCGUGAGGAGUUACUCGACUAAGAAAGAUGAUGAGGUGUCUGUGCCCAUUGGCUCUGUGGUGGAGGUGCUGAGAAAGUCUGACAACGGCUGGUGGCUUAUCAGGUUCAAUGGGAAGGCAGGAUACAUCCCCUCUAUGUACCUGCAACCAUACAACAACCCACGAGCUGGCCUUUUCAGCCUGCAGAGAAAGCUGCAUAGCUCCACGCUGAACCUGGCAACCAGCAGGGAGCCUCAGGCUUCUUAUCCAUCCCACACCAACGCAGAAACCAACCCAGCAAGGGAUUCUGCAGGUCAGUCCACAGGUGAGCCCAGUGCACCUGGGCGGCUCCACAAGGCUCGAUCUCUGGAUGUUCUCUCUGAGAGCUGGUCGCAGACACAGACGGAGAGGGACGCCUCGGCCACAGACAGCUUUAUUCGCAGCAUGAGCAACACCAGCACAGAGUCCAGCUUCUCUGGCUUCUCCUCUGACAGCGAAUCCAGUGAAUCAUUAAAAGAGGAAGGUCAGCGUCAGAGCCCCACUGGCCGUCCUGCAGCCGCACACCAGCCUAACGUCAGCGACAGCGGGCAUGGCAGCCCUGACUUCAGCCUCUCAGACCGCCGCGGCUCCGACACCAGCUUUGGCAGCUCUGUGUCAUCCAGUUCCGAAGGCAGCGUGGGGGCUCCCAGGGUGCCACCCAGGCCCAAGACUGAGGAGAUCCUGACCCGCUGCACCACUAUGACCCGCAAAGCAGCCCUGGCCACCAAGACCCGACUUCAGAUUCAGACAGAGUCCAUUCAAAGCCGCUAAAGCCUGACACUUACCACUACAAAUGCUAGACUUUAAGUUAUUUUCUUAACUAUAAACUCCAGUUUAUUUAAAUCUUUUUGAUUUAAUAUGUAUUCAUGUAAAAUAUUAAACCUCUUCAACCCCACAGACCUUCAAUGGGUCUGUCAGUCAAACGUGUUUUAUGCAGCGUUGUUCAAUACCUCUAUUUUAAAUUCUUGUCAUACCAAAGAUUGAAGUGAUCUCAACCUUGACAAGACAAAUGUAUGCUGAAUUCCAUAAAAUGAUCAAAUGGAGCAUGGCAUUUUGGGUGGGUGAAUAUUUGAAAAUGUGAUUUAUUCUAAUAAUGUAGCUUCAAUGAAGCACUGUAAGGAGCAAGUUAAAGCAAAGGUAAAUGACAUUGUCAUGUAGUAUUAGACUUUUUUUUUUUUCUAGCUUUGAAGCCAGUUAAGGUGAAAUUUAAGUGGCUUGCUGGAGUUGAAGAGGUUAAAUAUUUACAGUGAACUGCUGAACUAUAUGCUAUGUUUCCGUCUUUCCUCUUGUGAUGUAGAAAUCGGUGCACGGCUACAAGGUCUGUUUGAUGAAAGAUGAAGAAGAGAGUAUAUCAUUAAACCAUUAUGUACACUUUCUUUGCUUUAUCAUUCUCAGCAAUAGCUUAACUUUUUAUUAAGUUUUAAAGGCAUAAAUACUAAAUGUGCAAUAGUGACCAGACUUAAUAUGACAAGCGGAGGCAUUUUGAUCAACUGCCAAAUGUGAUGGGUGUGGCGAACAAGCUGAUUGUAUGAUUAUGUUGUUGCCCUUUCAUGUAAAGCAUGUACGACAUUAUAACCUGUAAGAUUUCACAACAUGUAUUGUCAUAUAUAUGUAUAUCAAUAUAAAACCUCAUGUGUAAGUUUAACAAA